GUGAUUCCAGGUUGUGUGCACUGCUUCUGGUGAAUUCUUUCAGAGUUGUGAGCACAAAAAUUGACCAACACGCAUAUACAUAACAGAUAUACAUAAAUUAUUCACACAGACACACUCACUACAAAAGCACACAGACACACUCACUGGACACACUUCCCAUCACAUAGUUCCUGCUAAGAUGCCGCGUGCCAAGGGCCACAGGCGGGCACUAGCCGCCAGGACGAAGUUGGCAGAGCGGCAGUCAUCGCCCCCCAUGCCUCCUGUGCCCGAGUUCGUCGCUCGGCGCGGCACUGGGUUCCGCCACCGCGUGCGGAGGUGGCCGACUUCGGACCUGACUGGCCGUCAGGUGAAGUUUGUCCCUCCAGCUUUCGCCCCGGAGAAGAAGACUGUCUUCGUCAUCGGCGACUCCCACCUGAGGGGCCUGGUGGAUGGGGACGUCGCCUUACCCAAGGUACCUCUCUCUUUUUCUUUUCUGUCUGUUCCAGGUGGAGGUGCAGCUGACUUGAGGAAAGAGGUGGGGCGCCUGGAGUUCCCGUGGACCCCGGAUGUCGUCUGCGUGCUGGCCCCGAGCAACGACCUGGACCGUGGCGAUGCGGCGGUGGAGUUCGGCGCGCUCCUGACCAGCGUCCGCAGCCGCUGGCCCAAGGUGUUUGUUCUGGACUUCCCCCCGCGUCUGAACAAACCCGUGGGCCUGCAGGAUCUGCUGCGUCAGGAGCACCACCGCGUCGCAGCACGCAUGGGUCUCCCAUUCGUGGCUGUGACCAGCAGCUUCCUGCUGGAUCGGUUGGAGCUGUGGUGUUAUGACGGCGUGCACCUCAGCGACACAGGUGGCUCGCCCAUCCUGGUGAAGCUGUUGUGCGACGCUGCGCUCACCCUCUUCACACCCGAUCCCCCUGCACCUCCUUCCCCUGGUCUGAAGGACUGCCUGGAUCCCCGGACGUGGCCCAGGGUUGGACAGGAGGGAGAGAUGGCCUGCAUCACUGCAUCUGCUGUUCUUUGGAGGAAGAUGGCAGAGCGGCAGUCAUGGACCCCCAUGCCUCCUGUCCCCGAGUUGGUCGCUAGUGGCUCGCCCAUCCUGGUGGAGCCUGCGCCUCCUUCCCCUUGGUGGACGCCGCCACCUGCCCUGGUGACUGGGCCAGAACCCCUGCCCCGUCGGCGCCCAGAUCCCCGGAGGUGGACCACGGUUGGACGGGAGGGAAAGGCUGGAACACAGCCGGUGCAACAGUCCCUUCCCAUCCCGUCCAACCCUGUGUGGUUCAGCAGUCCUAUGUUGGAUGCCAUGGAGGAGUUCGCUCCUUCCUCUGACUCCAACUGCACUGCUAUCCCACCACCUGGCCAGGCUUCUCCUGGGAGGUGUCGUCGGAGACCUGUGGCUGUCAGGCGCACCGGACGGAGGGAGUUCGCUCCUUCCUCCGACUGCACUGCUGUCCCACCACCUGGCCAGGUAAUGUGUCAUAAACCUCUUUCUACGUAUACUGUCAAUAACAAAUCGAAGACACUGAUGUGUAUACAACACAUUCUCUGUGUAAUAAUCCAUUCAUCCAUCUUCUACUGCUUAUCUGGGCUUGGGUCGCGGGGGAAGCAGCCCAAUCAGGGAAGCCCAAACUUCCCUCUCCUCAGCCACUUCCGCCUGCUCUUCCCGGAGGAUCCCGAGGCGUUCCCAGGCCUGCUGAGAGACAUAGUCUUUUCAGCGUGUCCUGGGUCUUCCUCGUGGUCUCCUACCGCGGUGGUACAUGUCCUGAACACCUCAACAGCAAGGCGUCCUAAUAAAAUGCCACAGCCAUUAUACAUCUGUUAUUACUAUUACCAUUACUACCACUAGUUGUUAAUCAAUAGUUGUGAAAUUUUUUAGUAUGUGAUACAUAAUUGUAAAAUAUCCAAUAAAGUAUGCCUUAAGUAGACAGCCUCUAUACAUUUUGCUUUUAAUUUCUAUAGGCUUCUCCUGAUAUGCGU